AUGUUCUUUCCUUUCCAGAGUCCCCGUCCAUACGAAUCAGACACAUCGGAUAGUCAUAGCGACAGCGAAGUUCCCACAUCCCUAACAACUACCUCAAGGGGGUUGCUUAACAACAACCACCACCACAAUCUUAGGCCCGGUCAUCAGCCGCACCAGCUCCAGCUGCAGCACCUGGGCGUCCAAGCGAGGGGGGGCGGCGCAACGGCAACAGCAGCAGCAGCGGCGGCCGCCGCAGCUGCCGCGCACGCCGCCAUGACCACCAUCGAGAACGUGUCCAUGGCGGCGCUGGCGGUGGCCGCCCUAUCAGGGGCGGCGCACGCGGCCGCGCACGCUGCCUCAAACGGGGCUCCGCCCACCUCUGGGGCGGGGCAACGGCAAUCGCCGUCUGGCAGCGCCGCCUCCGUGUCGCCCGCGUUGCCGCCCGGUGGUGGCGUAGCAGGGCAGGCGCCGCCGCCGCAUCUUCCGUACCUGGCAAACGUAGCCCGCUCGUUUCAGAGCGUGGCCGGAAACGGCACCACCGGUACCGGUGGCGGGGCAACCGAUGUGGAUAAGGGCGGAGGCGGAACAGGAGCAGGAGGAGGCGAACAACCCCUCGACCUCAGCAAGGGCGGGAGUGCGACAUCGGGCAGCUCCCCUUCUGCCGCAUCUAAUGCUCAACAGGAAAAGAUCUCUUCGCCGCUAGGCAACAACCUGCCCAGGCUACCAACGCUCGACACCAAACACAUAUUUAACAAAGCCGCGUGUGUCAGCGGUGGCCGGGAGGCGAACGUACACGGAGGACGAGCUGCAGGCCGCCCUCAGGGACAUCCAGUCAGGCAAGCUGGGCACCAGGAGGGCGGCCAUCUACUUUAAGAAACAAAGUCUACAAGUUGGCACUAGAAAAAGAACGUGAGUCGCACCUGAACAGUUCAACACUGAAGCUCGAUGAAGAAGAAGCCAUGGACGAUGACAAAGAGCUAUCGGGUACUGAAGAGGAGAAGGAGGUGGAAAAGACACUGGAGGGUCCUCUGCUGUCCGUGGCCGACCUGCUACGCAUCUCCCAAUCCGCCUCGACAGUGGUGCCACCUGGCAUGGCGGCAGGCACUCCCGACGCAUUGCGCCACCUGCUGGCCGUUGCCGCGGAUCACCCAGACGUCGCCCCCUAUCUGCUGCUGACGUCACAGCGGCUGUUAGCAGCCGCCGCUGCUGCUGGGGGCACUGCUCCCGGAGCUGAUCUAUCUGCCGCCGCUUCCGCUGGACUGCUCUUGCCAGACUUCGUACGAAGGAUGGCUGCCGCCAGUCAGCAGCCGGAAGAUGCCAGAACAAACAAUGGGGAAUCUGAAAAAGUUGGCCGACCAUCACCUAGUAAUUCGGUAAUCACAAAGGUGGAGCGUCCCCGUUCCGAAUCCGACAUGGAGACAGAUGAUUCGCCGUCGAAUGUGAUACUGAAAAUUCCGUCCUUUAAGCCCACCACGGCGUCCGCUGGAAAGAACGGCUGCGAUCAGAUCUUCAGGAAUAUGGCUGAAGCCACUGGUAAGCUUAGAAAAAUUAAUGAAUGGCAUGUAGUUUCUGCAGAAUAGGACCCUGCGAACUACCACUAAAACUAAUAAUCCACG